GUCUCAAUAUGUAAACGCACACGCGUCGCUUGUGCCAGGUUUUUACUUUCACUUUCAUUUCUCCUCGCAGAAUUAUAUGCCAUUACUCUGACCUGUUAACUCCAGAAUAAUAAAUCCAGCACUAUGACAAGCCAAAGGCACCGGAGCGAGGAGGAUGCACCGCGCCCCGAGAGCUUUAGAACAUCCAGGAAGAGAACGGCAGCCAUGACACAAAGAGAAAACCACCACUCAAAACAUCAACAGGAAGGCUAUGAUCAGAUUUCAACUGAACCCAAGGUGUUCAAUGACUUGAUCCACGGUCACAUUGAGCUGCACCCCCUGCUGGUGAGGAUCAUCGACACUCCUCAGUUCCAGAGACUGCGGAACAUUAAACAGCUGGGAGGAGCGUACUUUGUGUUUCCUGGAGCUUCACACAACCGCUUUGAACACUCCAUAGGUGUGGCGUAUUUGGCAGGCUGUCUCGUCAAAGCUCUGAGAGACAAACAGCCAGAGCUCGACAUCACCGAACAAGACGUCCUGUGUGUUCAAAUCGCUGGCUUGUGCCAUGACUUAGGUCACGGUCCAUUUUCUCACUUGUUUGACCGCAUGUUUAUUCCAAAAGUGCAUCCUGAUCUGAAAUGGGAGCAUGAGACUGGGUCAGUGAAGAUGUUUGAUCACCUGGUGAAGGUUAAUAAUCUGGAGCCUGUGAUGGAGGGAUAUGGUCUUUCUUUGCCCACUGACCUUGAUUUUAUCAAAGAACAAAUCACAGGAGAACUGGACCGCUCAGAAAUUAUGUACAAGGGCAGACCUACGGAAAAGGAAUUCUUGUAUGAGAUUGUGGCAAAUAAGAGAACCGGUAUUGACGUGGAUAAGUGGGAUUAUAUUGCCAGAGACUCGUAUCACCUGGGCAUCCAGACCAGCUCAGACCACCGCGGUUUCAUCAAGUUUACCCGAGUAUGUGAGGUCAAUGGGAAGAACAUUAUCUGUGUUAGUGACAAGAAAGUCAAAGAUGUAUACAACAUGUUUAACACACGAUACUCCCUACACCACGAAGCCUAUCAGGACAAAGUCACCACGGUCAUUGAGGAGAUGAUAUCAGAGGCCUUGGUUAAGGCUGAUCCUUACAUUCUAAUCAAGGGAUCAACUGGACAAUGCAGAAUGUCAGAGGCCAUAGAUGACAUGGAGGCUUACACCAAGCUCACAGAUCAUGUUUUUGAGCAGAUCUUGUACUCCUCUAAUGAAAACCUGUCCGAAGCUCAGUCCAUCCUGAAGAACAUUCUGUGCAGACGCCUGUACAAGUGUGUGGGACAGACAAAACCUAUAAAUGCUCAUGCGUCAAAGGACAAAUUUUUAAAGAUGGUGUACGAAUUGGCUGAAUCCAAACCAGAUGGCACUGAAGUGGACCUGAAGCCUGAGGACUUUGUAGUCAGUGUGUUUGGUUUAGAUUUUGGCAAGAACAAGAAAAAUCCACUCGACCAGAUCUGCUAUUUCUACAAUAGCAACAAUCCCACUAAAGCCUUUCAGAUCCCCCUGAACCAGGUGUACACACUGCUGCCAAACAUGCUUUCUGAGCAGCACAUUAAAGUUUACUGCAAACACACCGACAAGGAAAGAGUGGAAGCUGCAAAGAAAUACUUUGAGCAGUGGUGUAGGACGAACAUCAUAGCUCAGGAUGCUGAUAUACUUUCUCUCUCCUCUAAAGGAUGCCUAGUGAUCUCUGGUUGAUAAAAACAUGGAACGGGAAGCAAGGUUAACAAUGGAGCUAAAGUAAAGGAUCGUCACCAGAGACUGGGUGUUAUCAAUGAUACAACCCUCCUAUUACAUGUUUAAUCUACUGAUACUGAACAUCUUCAUCCUCAACAAGCUUUAUCAUCAGGAAAUAUUUGGUAUACCUCAAAUUUAUACGAGAUGUGACAUGCUAGUGCUUGGUCAAGAAUUUCAUCAAAUCCUCAGUCAGUCCGCACCACAUGAGUCUUUUUCCGUAAGGACUACUGCCAAUGUGAAUGAGCCUCUGGAGUCUAUCUAGGGACCAUGGAGGCCACUGGUGAUUUUCAUUGCUAUCACAAUAUUUUCAGGAAUCCUUUUCUUUCCUGAGCCAUUUUGGUUGCUCUCUGCUCUCCUACUCCUAGCCAUUCUUUGUUUUCAUCAACCCAUAUUCUUGCUGGUCUUCCUACUCUCUUUAUCAUCAAUUUGAUAAAUCUCUUUCCCAUCCUGCAUAUAUGUCCAAACAAACACAAUUUACACUUCUUAAUAACUUCACUAAUAGUUUUAGUCACUUUUUGGCACUUUUUUUUUUAUCUUUCUAUAACAUUUUAUUUUAUUUUGCAAUGUCCUUGUUCCUCAUUGUCCAUGUUCUACAGACAUAGAGUGGAAUACAGAAUAUAAGAACUUUAACUGAUAUAUUUCCACUUUUUCAGAUGCAAAAGUACUCUUCUAAUAAUUUCUUUUGAGCCGCUGGUAUAACUCAUUAUCAGACUGCACACGUAUACAAAACGGUCUUCACAUUCAUUUUUUCUCUGUCCAGCUGCAUGUGUGCUUUGUUGUCCCCCAUCAUCUUAAACGGUAUUCUUUUCUGCUUUCAUUUAACACAUUUAGCUACCAUUGAAGUCCAAGUGCAUUAUUGAGCAUGAAUGCACUUUAAUCAAGUUUUUCCGACUGCACAAUUAAAUUAUUUUGUUGUAUUAAGUGU